GUCACUAAACAAUCGUAAUGUCAGUGGAGUAGUUUAGUGUUGCUUUUCAAAAAAAUAUGGCCGUAAUGGAAGGUUCUUUGAGUAAAUGGACAAAUGUGAUGAAAGGAUGGCAAUAUCGGUGGUUUGUGCUGGACGACAACAGCGGACUACUAUCUUAUUAUACAUCAAAAGAAAAAAUGAUGCGAGGUGUUCGGAGAGGUUGCGUCCGUUUAAAAGGUGCAGUGAUCGGCAUAGACGAUGAAGAUGACAGCACCUUUACCAUAACAGUGGACCACAAAACUUUUCAUUUUCAAGCCAGAGACGCCGAAGAGCGGGAAAAAUGGGUUCGAGCUUUAGAAGAUACCAUUAUAAGGCAUGGCAGUCAAAUGAAAUGGGAUGCAUAUCACCCCUCACCUACAUUAAAAGAUUUCGAUAACAAAGUUUCAGAAGCAGAUGCAUAUUUACAAUUAAUGAUCGAUCAAACAAAGAAUUUAGAGGAAAGAAUGGACAUAAUUACCGAUUUGGAGGAAAAAAACAAAUGUGAACUAAUAUUACAGCACGCCAAUGAAAUGUUGAAUAAUAUUAAACAUUCCAUUGUGCUUUUGCAAAUAGCAAAGAACACCGCUCACCCAAUAAAUGGAAUUUUCCACGCGAAGUCGCUUCCUUCAAACAGCACCACUCCUGGAGAUGUGGAAAUCAUGCCGCUGCCUGGCGACGCCGCCGUCCAACAAGGUAUAGAAUUAGGUUCAGAGUGUAUGGAAAACGCGCGAAGGCAUAGUCAUAGAACCAUCGCUGCAAGCACAUCGUUGGUUGUACCUGAUAUGUCCUACUCUAGUUCAGAAGGGGAAGAUGACUUUUUUGAUGCCAAUGACUCACCUUUCACCCAAAGUCAGCUUCCCACCCCUAGUAGCUUAAGAUCGUUCGACAAUGACCACAGCAACAGCCAAUCAGCGAACAACGUCGCACUUACGAAACAAGAGAGCAUCUUGACGAUUAGCAGCGCGCGUGCGCCGUCCACUAGACAAGAAAGCAUCGCGUCUAGGAUUACCAACUCCGAGGAACUUGACUAUGAUGCUUUAUACGAAGAUAAUGACGGAGAUGACGUCAUCUCGGAAAACCACGGUUCCGUCAUCAGACAUCUUUUGUCUCAAGUCAAAAUUGGAAUGGACCUAACCAAAGUAGUGUUGCCAACCUUUAUAUUGGAAAGGCGAUCCCUCCUGGAGAUGUACGCGGACUAUUUCGCACAUCCCGAUCUAUUUUUAAGUAUAACAGAUUUAAAAGAACCCAGAGAUCGCAUGGUUCAGGUGGUAAAAUGGUACCUGUCGUCCUACCAUGCUGGCAGAAAAAGCGCGGUUGCCAAAAAACCCUACAAUCCCAUAUUGGGAGAAGUGUUUCGGUGUCACUGGAACGUGGCCCCGGAAAAUUGCGAGGAAUCCGUCGACGACGGUCCUGUACCUUGGUGCAAACGUAACCAGCUCACCUUCAUCGCCGAACAGGUCUCCCACCAUCCACCCAUAUCCGCCUUCUACGCCGAACACUAUGAAAAGCGGAUCAGCUUUAACGCGCAUGUCUACACCAAGUCAAAGUUCCUCGGGCUGUCCGUUUGCGUGUACAACAUAGGUCAGGGCGUCGUCAGCGUCUUGGAUCACGACGAAGAGUACAUUGUAACGUUUCCGAACGGUUACGGCCGAUCGAUUUUGACCGUCCCGUGGAUUGAAUUGGGCGGAUCCGUUACGAUAACCUGCCCCAAAACCGGCUACUAUUGCAACAUCGAGUUUUUGACUAAGCCGUUCUAUGGGAACAAGAAGAAUAAGGUCACCGCCGAGGUGUUUGCGCCCGAUGAGAAAAAAGCGUUUUUGAACAUACAAGGCGAGUGGAACGGCGUGAUGGAGGCUAAAUACAGUGAUAAGGAUUCCUUUGAGCCGUUCAUCGACGUAAACGAACUGGAGAUCACCAAGAAAAUGGUGCAUCCAAUCAGCCGACAGGAAGAGAACGAGAGCAGGCGACUAUGGAAGGAAGUCACGGCCGGCUUGAAGUUUAACGAAAUCGACCGAGCGACGAACGCGAAGCAGACGCUGGAACAAAAGCAACGCGAAGAGGCCAAAGAACGAAAAGAAUCGGGUCGAGAGUGGCAAACUAAAUUGUUUAAGAAGGGAAGCGAAGAAAGCUGGAUUUACACGAGUCCAUUGGGCCAGAGGUUGGCCAUGAGUCAAACAUCGAAAACCUGAACCACCCAAUAAAAUAAAAUUCGUUUUUUCUUUAAUUAUCGAAAAAAUACUGUUCUUAUCUUAAUCUAUUUUCUACCUUAACCAAUGAACAAUUUCUUUCUGAUUUUAUUAGUGAACUGUGAUAUAUCAAGAGAUGUACAGGAGUUUUUUAUGCAGGGUGUUUUGUGGAUUGUUAGUUUUUUGUUUCUGUGAGAUUUACAAAACACUCUGUUUAAGUGAGGUGUUCAGUGACAAGGACUUUAAUGCUUUUAGAACAAAAAGUUUUCUGUAUCAAACAAGAAUAAAAAAGUAUUAAAUAAUUAUCUAUUGUUUUUAGAUAACAUUUUCAAAGCUUUUGGUAUUAGGUCUGCUGCCGGCCAGCAUUUAUUUUUGUGUUAGAUUUACCCUGUAAUUUUAUAGUCAUGUUUUAACAUUAUUAAUUUUGGUGGUUAUAUUUGAAUUUAUUUUUUAUAUUUUAUAUGUGACUUGCCUUUAAAAAAAUAAAAAAAGGCAAAUGGUAGUACAAUCAGCUAAAUUUUUAUGUGACUUCCAAUGAAUUCCUAAAUAAAUGAUAUACACAUAUCAAGUUAAAAUGCAGUUUUAUUUCAUUAAAAAAUACCUAAUCAAUACAAAUCAACACCUAAUAAUAAACAAAAAUUAACCUACAGUAGUGGUAUCCCUCUUCUCUAUAAACCUCAACUGUUUUUUCCUUAGUUUCUUCAAUUUCUUGGUAUUUGUGAUAACUUGAACAACUUCAGUCUUCAGCCUAUUUUCUUCCUGUCUUUUUAAAUUGUCCCUUCUCCUCUGCUUUUUUAACUCUUUUUCAGCCUCUUUUUCUGCUUUAAGCGCCUUUGAUGCCUCUUUAACCUGCUUCAGUUUCUCACGAAGUUGCUGUUUCUUUUCAAAAGAGUUUCUUAUACCUUUUGUUUUAAUUAUGGAGGAAAACCGUUUUCUUUCAGUUUUCCAUACUCUACCCGACUUGGGUUUACCUUUUACCACA